AUUUUAUCCAUUAGAUUUAGUUUUGAAAGAAAAGGAAAAUGAGGAAGUGCGAACUAUGCGGUGAGUUAGCUCGAAUGCACUGCGAAUCGGACCAAGCGAACCUGUGCUGGGACUGCGACGUCAAGGUUCACGGAGCCAAUUUCCUUGUGGCUAAGCACACCAGAACCCUCCUCUGCCAUGUCUGUCAAAACCCUACUCCAUGGCUCGCCUCCGGUCAACACCUCGGCCCUGCUGUCUCCGUUUGCGAGUCAUGCGUCGCCAUCAACGAUAAUACUUGCGGUGUUUCUACAGAGCCGGAAGAGUCAUCGGAGGCCGAUGACGACGACGACGAAGAAGAAGAAGAUUAUGAUGACUUCAGCGACGAUGAAGAAGAAGAAGACGAAGAGGAAGAAGAUGAUGCAGAGAAUCAGGUGGUUCCGUGGUCAGGAGGUUCUUCUUCUUUUCCGAUGACGAAGCCGGUGGCUAGCUCGGCUUCUUUGAGUAGUACUGAAGGCGGUGCCGGUUUUGGAUUGAAGAGGAUGAAAAGAAGUCUUAGUUUCUGCUCUGACGAUGAGAUUGCGUGCUCCUCAUCUCAUGUAGGCUCGAUAGGAUCAUCCAAUGCAGAAGCAUCAUCUUCAAUGAGCUCGUCAAGACUAUUAAAGCAACCAAGAUUACCCGAAGCUAAUCAUUCAGCUAUUAAUCAAGAUGACGGUGAAACAGAGUCCAGAUCAACGGCAGCUCUUUGAAAAGUUUUCAGAAGC